AUGGCGGCGCUGGCAGCUUCGUCGCUCAAUGGCGUCAAGAUCUACAACCUAUCGUCUGGCAAGACGCUGCCGCAGUGGCUGGCGGAGAAGGGCGGCAGUCGCAAGGCGCUGGCCAAGGACGAGGACUACCGUCGGCGCGUGGAGCUGCUGCAGGACUUCCACUUCCCCGCCGGCUCGCAGCGCGUGCGCAUGUCCGCGGACGGCAACUACGUGGUGGCCACGGGUGUGUACCCUCCGUCCGUCAAGGUCUAUGACGUGCGCGACCUGAGUCUCAAGUUCGAGCGCGGACUGGACGCCGAGGUGGUGCAGUUCGAGGUGCUGUCCUCGGACUUCGGCAAGCUGGCGUUCCUGCAGGCGGACCGCUCCGUGGCCUUCCACGCGCCCUACGGCACGCACUACAACAUGCGCAUCCCCAAGUUUGGUCGGGACAUGACCUACCACAGGGAGAACUGCGAGCUGUACGUGGCGGCCUCGGGCUCGGACGUGUACCGCAUUAACCUGGACCAGGGCCGCUUCGUGGCCCCGCUCGAGCUGCAGUCGCAGGCCUCGGCGGCCAAUGUGGUGCAGCUGAACCCGAUUCAUCAGCUGCUGGGCGUCGGCUGCGAGGACGGCGUGGUCGAGAUGUUCGACUCGAGGAGUCAGCAGCGUGUGGGCACUCUGGACAUCGCCGCGCACUUCGCGUCCUCUAAGUCGGACAAGCAGCUUGAAGUGUCGGCGCUGAGAUUCGACGAUGACGGGCUGACCUUCGGUGUCGGCACGUCCGAGGGCCAGUGUCUGCUGUACGACCUCCGCUCGUCGCGCCCGCUGCUGGAGAAGAACCACCAGUACGGACUCCCCAUCAUGGACCUGCAGUUCCACGACUACGCGCGCAAGGUGAUCUCGUCCGAUGCCAAGGUGAUCAAGAUCUGGGACCGUCGUGACGGCGCCGUGUUCACGAACGUCGAGACGCCCGCCGAGGUGAAGGACGUGUGUAUUGUGGAAGGCGCGCAGGGCAAGUCCGGUGUGCUGCUUGUGGCUGGCGAACAGGAGCGCGUGAUGAGCUACUACAUCCCCGAGCUGGGCAUUGCUCCCAAGUGGUGCUCGUUCUUGGACUCGCUGACGGAGGAGCUCGAGGAGGAGGCGCAGGCCACGGUCUACGACGACUACCGCUUCGUCACGCGCGCGGAGAUUGCGUCUUUCGGACUGGAUCACUUGGUGGGCACGCCGCUGCUCAAGGCGUACAUGCACGGUUUCUUCAUGGACGCUCGCCUGUACAACAAGGUCAAGGCUGUGGCCGAGCCGUUUGCGUACGACGAGUGGCGCAAGAAGAAGCUCAAAGAGAAGGUCGAGGCCAAGCAGGCCAACCGUAUCACCAUCCAGCGCCGUCUGCCCAAGGUCAACCGCGCUACGGCGGAGCGCAUCCUGCAGAACGAAGCCAAGCGGAAGAAGAACGGCAAGGGCGCCGACGGCGAGGAGGCCGACGCGGACUCUUCCUUCUCCAACCCGCUGGGCGACGAGCGUUUCUCGCGCAUGUUCACGUCCUCGGACUUCGAGGUGGAUGAGGAGAGCGACACGUACCGCAUGCUGCACCCGAACGCUGCCAACACGAAGCAGCAGCGCAAGCAGGAGGACAUGGACAGUGACGCUGGCAGCGACGACGACGACGAAGAUGAAGACGACGAGGUGGGUGGUCGCUUCGCCCGCGUGGAGGACGACGAAGAGGAGGAAGAGCUGGAAGGCAGACCGAGCGACGAGUCCUCGGACGAGGAAGAGGACGAAGCCCCCAGACGCGCCCCUCAGCGGACUGCUGCGAAGGACAAGCGGAAGCCGGCGCCCAAGUUCUACGAGAUCGCCGAGGGCGAGAAGGUGGGCGACCUCAUGUCUUUCGGCUCGUCGAGCGACCGUGCCGCCCAGCGUGAGAAGAAGCAGCUGGCCAAGCUGCCGCUUGCGGAGCGUCUGCGCAUGCAGCGCGUCACGGAGAAGGAGCGCAGUGCGUUCAAGAAGGAGGAGACGACGGGCGGAGGCUACGUCCGUGAGAUGUCGUUCGUGCCCCAGGCCGAUCUGCUCAAGCAGCAGCGCGCCCGUGAGCGCGAAGGCGGCAACACGGACGGUGACGACGCCUUUGGCAAUGGCAAGCGGCGGAAGAAGCGCGGCGUCGGCGACCUGAAGCUCGCGAACCCGGGACGGAACCCCCGCUUUCGCAGAUAAGAGAUAGACACCCGUGCAUACACUACCAACCAAAUAGAUUUUUUGCUUCGACAUCC